CCCUGGGUCGCGAGCUUGGCCUGCCCUGCGCCGCGAUGUCCGGAGGGUCAGCCAGGAGCCUAGCGAAGGGAAGCGCGCCCCCGGGGCCGGUCCCCCAGGGCCUGAUCCGCGUCUACAGCAUGAGGUUCUGCCCGUUCGCCCAGAGGACGCUCCUGGUCCUGAAGGCCAAGGGAAUUGGGCAUGAAAUCAUCAACAUCAACCUGAAAAAUAAGCCUGAGUGGUUCUUUACGAAGAAUCCCUUUGGUCUGGUGCCAGUUCUGGAAAACAGUCAGGGUCAACUGAUCUAUGAAUCUGCUAUUACUUGUGAGUACCUGGAUGAAGCAUAUCCAGGGAAGAAGCUGUUGCCAGAUGACCCCUAUGAGAAAGCUUGCCAAAAGAUGGUCUUUGAGUUAUUUUCUAAGGUGUGGAACUUACAGAGAGAAUGUAUUAUCUUCAUUAGAAGACAAAAUAACGAAGACGGCUCUGGCCUAAAAGAAGAAUUGCGUAAAGAAUUCAGCAAGUUAGAGGAGGUUCUGACCAAUAAGAAGACAACCUUCUUUGGUGGCAAUUCUCUUUCUAUGAUUGAUUACCUCAUCUGGCCCUGGUUUGAACGGCUCGAAGUUCUGGAGUUAAAUGAGUGUGUAGAUCACACUCCAAAACUUAAGCUCUGGAUGGCAGCCAUGAGGGAAGAUCCUGCAGUGUCCUCCCUCCUCAUUGAGGCGAAGGCCUUUCGAGGUUUCUUAGAUCUCUACUUGCAGAACAGCCCUGAGGCCUGUGAUUAUGGGCUCUGAUGGGGGCAGGAGUCAGCCAUGAAGAGAUGUCUGAUAUUUUCCUUCACGAAUAUGAGGAAAACAUGCUUUCAUUUUACCAAAUGCUCUCAUGUCUCAUUGGAUCACCUUCUCUGAUUUGACAUCGUGGCUUAAGGCCCUUAAGGCCUUCCUACAGAAAUGUAAGCUCACAUGCUUCUAAGGGUUUUAUCAUAGUUUCUGCUGAAAAUCUCUAAAUCAUCAUCUCUGGUGAGAACUGGACUUCAAUCUAGAUUUCUUCCUGCCCAUAGGACAUUUCCACUUGGAUACUCUGUUGUUUCUACAGCUGCCUUCUCAAGUUUUCAAUUCCUCAUUCUUUUCUUUCCAUCAACUUAAUUUCACUACCUUUUUUAUUCCCAUUGUCACCACUUAAGACCAGACUAAUAACACCUCAAAGUUAGGUGACUAAGUGUCCUCCUAUUUGGUUUCCCCGUCUUCAAUCUCAAUGCCCUUCAAAUUCUUCGUACCAACUCCCAUGCUGGGCACAUGGCAGGUAUCCCAUAAAUGUAACUAAAUACUGUGAAGGGGCGCCUGGGUGGCUCAGUCAGUUAAGCUUCUGACUUCAGCUCAAGUCACUAUCUCAGGAGUUCAAGCCCUGCGUUGGGCUCUGUGCUGACAGCUCAGAGCCUGGAGCCUGCUUUGGAUUCUGUGUCUCCUUCUCUCUCUGCCCUACCCCCUUCCAAAGAUAAACAUUAAAAAAAAAAUUUUUUUUUAAAUAAUGUGGAGACCACAUCUAUCAAUUCCGAUGUAAGUCUGGAUGAGUAAUUCAGAAAUAUUAAUGCUAUCUUCCAUAGCCCACCGAGCUUCUAUUUAAUUUUUAUCAUCACAUUACUUCCAUUAGAAGAAAGUAGGUCAGGGGCACCUGGGUGCCUCUGUUGGUUAAGGGUCCAACUU